AUGUUCUUCGCCCAGCCCGACUGCCCCGCGAGAGUCGGAGUAUGCACCCUCCGGGCCGAGGGCGACGAUCUAGGGCCCUCCCUCUUCUUUAGUCUAAACCUCUCCAUCUACGGCCAGCCGGUCGUCGAUACCGACUGGUCCGAGCAGUGGUUCUUUAUGAGCGGCCGCGUUCACCCCUACGCCCUCUCCUGGGAGGUGGAGCGCCGCGACGGCCUCGAGGCCGGCCCGGACGAUGCUAUUCUCUACACCGUGCCCGCCCUUAUCGUCCGCAACCAAGGUUACCAGCCCGUCCUGCCGCGCUCCUUGGCCUCUAGCGGCCAGUUCCCGUCUACGCCUCCCGUUGUCUCCUUCCAUGGCGUCGUAGCCGGGCCCGGCCUCGACCUCCUGCGUCGAGACUUCCUGCCCGGUCUCGGGCCCGACCAGCUCCGCUGCUGCGGCUUCGUCCGGCUCACGACCUACAUCGCCCCUGGCCUGCCGGACAGGAUUCCAUAUAAGGGCUACCACCCCUUCGAGGUCUUUGUUAUCUUUCCCGUCUACGUUAACCCUUGGGCCGUCGUCGGCCUUCUCGACCACCGCGUUAUGCUCUCCCCGGGCUCGGGCGCGAUUACGUCUUUAUCAUCGUCCCGGACAGCUGGACCUUUGUCGAUAGGCCUCGGCGGCCGCCGCCGCCGCCUCGGCUUCCCCCUCGCUACGCCCUUUGGGCGUCAGACCCAAUCCGCCUCCUCUACCUUCGAUUCCGUCCGUGCCGCCUUGUACUCUGUUGCCGCGCCGGCCUCGACCGCGCCGCCCCCUUUCCUCGGCCCCGGCCCCGCCAGCCUCGACCCCGUCACGCCGCCGCCUAAGCGAUCGCCCCCGGCCCUGGCCGAUACGCCCAUGAAGAGGGCGCGCUUCCUGCAGCAGCAGUAUUCGCCGCUUUCCUCGUCUUCGAACACCGUCGGCUCCGCCGCCCCCUCCUCCUCUCCUCCGCCGGCCGCUUUUCCGUCUCGACCGGACGGCGCCCCACCCGUUCCCGCUCCGACUGCCAGCCCGGAUUCCCCUCUCAACUCUAUCGUCGCGAGCACCUCCGACCCGCCCGCACGCCCUCUUCGCUAUCGCAUGCAGAAAUAA